AUUCUGAUAAGAAGAAUUGAAGAAACAGAGAUGGAGUUGGCUGGUGGAGAGAGAAAACGAGUCGUGGUGAUCGGGGGCGGCGUCGCCGGCUCGCUUCUUGCAAAGUCUCUGCAAUUCAGCGCUGAUUUCACCCUCAUUGAUAAGAAGGAAUAUUUUGAGAUUCCAUGGGCAAGCUUGAGAACCAUGGUGGAGCCAUCAUUUGGGGAGAGAUCUUUGAUUAACCAUAGAGAUUACCUCACCAAUGGCCAAAUUAUUACAUCCGGAGCAAUUAAUAUAACUGACACUGAGGUAUUGACUGGAGAAGGCCGUCUAGUCCCUUAUGACUACCUUGUCAUUGCAACUGGUCAUGCAGAUUCUGUUCCGAAGAGUAAGAAUGGGAGACUUCAGGAAUUCCAGGAAGAUAAUCUGAAGAUAAGAUCAGCUAAUUCCAUUUUGAUUGUUGGAGGAGGACCUACUGGUGUAGAACUUGCUGGAGAAAUUGCUACCGACUUCCCAGAUAAGAAAAUCACUCUAGUUCAUACUGGAUCAAGGUUGCUGGAAUUCAUUGGACCAAAAGCUGGAAACAAGACUCUUAAUUGGUUUCAUUCGAGGAAUGUUGAAGUGAUAUUGGAGCAAUCAGUCAGUUUAGACAGGAUCUCUGAGUCACCUGGAAGAAAAACAUAUCAGACUUCGGAAGGACAAAUGUUCGAAGCAGAUUGUCAUUUUAUAUGCAUAGGGAAACGUCUGGGUUCAGCAUGGCUAAAAGAAACAGUUCUAAAGAGUAGCUUGGAUCUUCAUGGUAGAUUGAUGGUUGAUCAGAAUUUGAGAGUCAAAGGGAGACAAAACAUCUUUGCAAUCGGAGACAUUACUGAUAUUCCAGAAAUCAAGCAAGGUUAUUUGGCACAAAAACAGGCUUUGGUGGCUGCCAAGAACUUGAAGCUCUUACUUGCAGGUGGAAGAGAAAGUAAACUGGCAACUUAUGAAGCUCAUUCAGGGGUGGCACUUGUUUCACUUGGAAGGAAACAUGGGGUUGCGCAGUUCCCAUAUACUACUUGUAUUGGGCGCAUUCCUGGACUGAUCAAAUCUAAAGAUCUUUUUGUGGGGAAGACCAGGAAGCAGCUGGGGCUAGAAGAAGCCUAGAAGUAGCUACUUUACAAAUAUAAUUUGGAUUGUAAGUGAUAUAUGAGCAGCGUACACAAUGAGGGGUGUAUAUAGAAUCAAAUCGAUAUUUUUUUUUAUUUGUUUUGCAUCUGGCUCA